CCUUCCAGAGGAUCAAUGCAGACACACACACCGUGUGGCCCCACAGACCUCAACGAGUUGGCCAGAGACAAUACAUCUGGCAACCUAAAUACUGCAGAGACCCUGAGGACAUCAAAGGAACUGAUCCUGCAGCCUCACCAGCAGCUUAAACAAGCCAUCAUAAAGGAAUUCUCAGACCCAGAGUCUGAACAUGGACUGAUCGCUGCCCUAGACACCAAACAGGGCCGACAUGAAACUCCCCAUGCUUACUACCACAGACUUCGACAAGCUUACUUCAAAGCUCGCAAUUACCCUGGGAUGGUGGAGGACACCAGCUGCAAGAGCCUUUUCCUCCGAAAACUCCAUCCUAGUGUAAGUCACCAUUUAGGCAUUAUGACCUGCCGUACAAUGCCUAAUCAACAGCUGCGUGACCUGACACAGAAGGCCUUUAACAAGCACAAGGCCUCCACUAAAGGUGUUUGUCAGACCCCACUGAUUCUGAACUUCACAACUCAGAAUCCAAAGCGGGCACCAGAAGGCACCCAGCAUUGCCACAAUGCAAAACCCUUCGUGGGUACCACGGAUAGCCUACUGGCUAACAACAUCGACAAACAACCAUCUUACCCAGACCAACUCACUUCAGGAUGACAGGUGACACAGCCUCGACACCUGCUGCAUAAGCUCGAGGACCCACACCUUGCUACAGCCUACAUCA